CGCUCCUCCCCCGGGCGGGGCGCAGCCGGCCUGGUGGCCUUCCCGCGGAGCUGAGGAGCUUGCAGCCGCUCUGAGAGGGUGGCGGCUCUUGGAUCGGGCUGCGGCUCUGAGGAGAGGGCGGCGGCUCUGAGGAACGGCGGCGGCUCCUGAGAAGCGGGCGGCGGCUGGCUGCACGGGACCCGCCCGCGCGCUCCGUCCCGCGGGGCUCAGCGUUCUCUGAGGCGGCCGUCGGCGGGCGGGAGAUGGCGGCGUCGGAGUCCGGGCGGCGUGCGCUGCGCCUGCUCUUCGUGGUGCAGCUGGUCGCUGGUCGCUGGCGGCCAGUCGGGGCGGCGGGCGGCGCGCGGGGAGGAUUACCUGAACCAUCCUUUGUUGCAAAACAUGAAGACAGUUUAUUUAAGGAUUUAUUUGAAGACUAUGAAAGAUGGGUUCGUCCUGUGGAACACCUGAAUGACAAAAUAAAAAUCAAGUUUGGCCUUGCAAUAUCUCAGUUGGUGGAUGUGGAUGAGAAAAAUCAGCUAAUGACAACAAAUGUCUGGUUGAAACAGGAAUGGAUAGAUGUAAAAUUAAGAUGGAACCCUGAUGACUAUGGUGGAAUAAAAAUUAUACGUGUUCCUUCAGACUCUCUCUGGACCCCAGACAUCGUUUUGUUUGAUAAUGCAGAUGGACGUUUUGAAGGGGCCAGUACGAAAACAGUCGUCAGGUAUAAUGGCACUGUCACCUGGACACAACCAGCAAACUACAAAAGUUCCUGUACUAUAGAUGUCACAUUUUUCCCAUUUGAUCUCCAAAACUGUUCCAUGAAAUUCGGCUCUUGGACAUAUGAUGGAUCCCAGGUUGAUAUAAUUCUAGAGGACCAAGAUGUAGAUAGGACAGAUUUUUUUGACAAUGGAGAAUGGGAAAUUGUGAGUGCAAUGGGAAACAAAGGAAACAGGACUGACAGCUGCUGCUGGUACCCUUACAUCACAUACUCUUUUGUGAUUAAGCGGCUGCCUCUCUUUUAUACCUUGUUCCUUAUUAUACCCUGCAUUGGGCUCUCAUUUCUAACUGUGGUUGUCUUCUAUCUCCCCUCAAAUGAAGGUGAGAAGAUCAGUCUGUGCACUUCAGUACUUGUCUCUCUAACUGUGUUCCUUCUGGUUAUUGAAGAAAUCAUACCCUCGUCUUCCAAAGUGAUACCUCUGAUUGGAGAGUACUUGGUGUUUACCAUGAUUUUUGUGACACUCUCCAUUAUGGUGACUGUCUUUGCCAUCAACAUCCACCAUCGCUCCUCCUCAACACACAAUGCUAUGGCACCCUGGGUCCGAAAGAUAUUUCUUCACAAGCUUCCCAAACUGCUGUGCAUGAGAAGUCAUGUAGACAGGUACUUCACACAGAGAGAGGAAACAGAGAGUGGUAGUGGACCAAAAUCUAGAAACACGCUGGAAGCUGCACUCAGUUGUAUUCGCUACAUCACAAGACAUGUCAUGAAGGAGAAUGAUGUCCGAGAGGUUGUUGAAGAUUGGAAAUUCAUAGCCCAAGUUCUUGAUCGGAUGUUUCUGUGGACUUUUCUUCUGGUUUCAAUUAUUGGAACUCUGGGGCUUUUUGUUCCUGUAAUUUAUAAAUGGGCCAAAAUCAUAGUGCCAGUUCACACUGGAAACACAAUUAAGUGAAGCUUCCCAAGAGAUAUAUUAUGAAUAUAGUUAGCAAUCAUACAUCUCUUAUGACACCUACACAAUUAUGAAAAUAUGAAAUUAUUUAUAAUUUCUUAUAAUCUGUAAGAGAUUAAUAGCUGCUGACACUGGCUUAAUAUUGUCCAUUAGAACAUGCCUGAAGUAAUAACCACAAAUAGUGGCAAAACAUUGUUCAAACUGUACUAGUGGAAACCGAGUGUUUAUGUCUUGGCAAAUGAUACUAACUUGCAGCCAAUAAUGAAAUUCAUCUUUUGAGCACUGGAAAAUCCAGUCAUAUUUGAAGACUGAUUUUAAAACUUUUUCAGAAUUUAGUAUAUAAAUUUGUGUGUCUGAUUUUUCAGACUGAGUCUCAUUAAGUUGCCCAGGUUGGCCCCACACUCCUGGGCUCGAUUAGCCUUCUGUCUUAGCCUCCUGGGCAGCUGGGAUUACAGGUAUGCUCCAGUAUGCCCAGCUAAUGUAUAUACUUUAAAAUUUUUCUGUUCUGUACUCACUGAUAUGGAGUGCAUUAUAUUUCUAUGUGAAGUAGCCAGUUACUCAGUUCAAUAAUGACUUAAUAUGAUGUUAUUUACCAACAAUUUUUUUGGUCUUUUUGAGACAGGGUCUCCCUGUAGCCCCAGCUGGCCUGGAACUCACUUAAGCCACCACACCCGGCUUACCAGCAUUUUUAAUAGAUGGAAAAAUUGGGACUAGGAACCUCUUUAAGGCCACUUUAUUUUUUAGAUUUUUCUCUUUGUUUUGUUUGAGUCAGGGUCUCACUAUGUAGCCUUGAGUAGCCUGGAACUUGCUAUGUAGCCUGAGAUCUACAUAGCAAGUUUCAGGCCAGCUGGGGCUGCAGGGAGAUCCUGUCUCAAAAAGACCGAGAGAGAGAGAGGAAAGAUAAAGAGUCUUUAAUGGAGUAACUCCUUUUAUAACUUACCUUCUAUUGUAAACAUACAACAGGCAACUCUCAUGGACAUGGAGUGGCAUAUCCUUCAUAUUGACCUCAGUCCCCCCCUCAGUUCCCUUUUCCACGUUCCUCAUUGUAUCCCUGACCUCAGAGCAGUAUACUGCAGUCCCAGAAAUCUCAUCUCAAAAUGGUACGGCAUGUCUCUGUCUAGAUCACUCUGAGAAAACCAUCUUCCAAGCUGGAUAUGGUAGCUCACACCUGUCAUCUCUAUGCUCAGGAGGCCGAGGCAGGAGGAUUGCUAUGAGUUAUAAACCAGUCUGGGUUACAGCAUGAGACCCUGUUCUUAAAACCCAGGCAACCAAAUGAAAAGUGAUAUUCUAAGUUGAUAUAAGCACACCAUUGCAUCUUAUAUUUCAAUGAUCUCUUUUACCCCAACAAUUAGAACUAUCAGGUGCUUGGGAUAUAAUUUAGUUUUAGCCUAUUAACAGGCAUGACAUCAGUCAGUACAGUAUAAUGUGUCAUAAGUAAAACAGCUAAACUUCUCAAAAUGUCCUGAUUCACCUAUGAUCAGGAACCUUGCAUUUGAUUUAGAACUCAGCUGUUGAGAUAGCAAACGCCUCAUUUAUUUAUAGUUACUUAAGUUCAAUACUUUUUGGAAGACAAGAUGGACCCUUGCAUUUAGUUGUGUUUAAUGCCAUUUAGUGAGUGAAAGCCUAGUGUAGUUCAGAUAAGUGUCCCUCACAGGCUCAUCUGUGGAAAGCUUGGUCAUCAGCCCAUGGUGCUUUGAGGAAGUGGUGGAACUAUUAGGAUCUAGUAGAAGGAAUUUAGGUCCUUAAGGGUGUGCCUUUGAGGAGGAUACUGAGACUCCAGCAUGUGUCUUUGUUUCCUAGCCACCAUGAGUAAACAGCUUUGCUCUAGUAUGUGUUCCUUGUCAUGAUAUACUGUCUUGCUGCAAGCCCAAAAGCAGUGGGCCAAGCAACCGUGGACUGAAGCUUCUGAAACCAUCAACUACAACAAACCUUUCUUUUGAUUAAGUUCAUUAUCUCAGGUAUUUCUCAUAGUGUCACAAAGCUAAUAUAGAAUGUCAAUACCACAAGGUGGAAUCUGUUGUGUGACUUUUCCUGGGGAGUCUUCAUCUAUUAUCUAUUAUUAUCUAUUUUAUCUAGUCUACCUUAAAUAAAAAGGGUAGUAGAGCAAGGAAGUAAUUCUGUACAAGUCCAGCUUGGUGAACCGGUAAGUUUAUUGGGGCUGCUUACAGGAGGCUAGAUGAUGGGCAGCUGACUGAAAGUCUACUUCAGCAUGGGCCGCAACUUAGGAAAGUUGCAUCACCGUCAUCCCCUGUGCAGUUUGCAGACAACACCACCACUGAAUAGCUUCCUCUUCCCCAGCAAUUUUUUCACUGCCUUUACAACCUCAGGUAGGGGCCUGGUGAGCCUAGUAUCUUGUGAGUUUCAUGAACUUGGUGAGCUUCUCUCCUCCCUCCAGAGGAGACAACUGAACAGCAGGGUACUUGUGACUAUAACUAAUACUAUGGCUCAGAAGCCUUUGAAAUUGGCUUAUGGAGGAAAUUUAGAAAAGUUUGAACAAACAGGCUAAAGAAGGCCUAGGUUAACGGGAUUAACAGGUGAUUCUGUAAGGAUGCAGAUCAGAAUGCUAAUAAAUGUGGAUAAUAAAGGUUAUGCCCAGGAGGCUCCAGACGGAAAUAAGGAGUCCAUUGGGAAUUAGACUUAGGAACUACCCACAAAAAGAAUUUGGGGUCCCUUUGUCCAUGCCUGGAGAUUUUGUGGACUUCUAAGCUCAUGGGUGAUGACCAAUUUAUCAGCCAGCGGAAAAUGCAAGGCAACUCAGCAUCUGGCUGUCACAUGGAUAUUGCUGGCUGCUUUGGCCAAGUUUACAGUGAAAAUUUAGAGCAAAGAGCAAAGUAGAAAGAUAGAAGAAACUUGUAGUUUGGGUAUAUUUAAAGGUGCUGCCUUGGAGAGUACAUUUGCCAAAGCAGUUAACCCCAUUUAAAAAGCCAAGAAUUUUACACUGGGACAAUAAAAUGCCUUGAAGACAUCUCAAGAAUUUUUAAGACCCACCUAUUACAGGCUCAAAGGAGACUCCUUAGUGAGCCCCAGGACAGCCUGCAUACACAGGCCACCUAGGAAACUUUCCUGAGAUUUCUUCCUCAUGUUCAGAUACUCAGAGGUUCCUACAGUUGUUCAGUUGGGGUAUAGCUUGUGCUGGUGGCAGUUGCUGGCAUCAUCCAUAUAAUGCUGGUUUUUCAGGUCUAGAAAAUGCAAGAGUUAUGGAAUGAGAGACUUUCACUACGAUUUCAAGACAGCCUGGGAUCCUGAGCACUGUGCGGCAGAGUCCCUGUAAGCAGCUCUCAAGAAGGCAAUGUAUGAAGGGAGAGUCAAGUCAAGCCUGCAGUGGAGACCCCAAGCAAGUGAGAAGUGACAGGAAUGUUGAGAACCCGCCAAGGGAAGCUGUGCAAUGAGCAGAGCCAAGAGUGUGGAGACAAUGGGGGCAGGACUGCCGAGGCUUUGGGAUUUCACACAUGGCCUCUGUGAGCUCUGGAUGCCAGAAGUGGAGACCUGCUUGGUUUUCUUACUUGGUCUGAUCCUUUCUACAGCCUCUUUUGUGGAACAGGAAUGUUUACUUUGUGCCAUUGUAUCUUGGAUGUAUAAAACCCCCCACCCUUUUUUUUUUUUUUAAACAGGGACUGAGCUGAGUUUGCCUUGAGUCUUAAUACUUUUUUCUUGGACUAUUGAGCAAUUCUGGAAUGAUUAAGACUUUGGGGACUCUUAGAAAAUGACUAAAUUAUGAAAUGGAUGAAGGGUUUGGGCACCACGGGCAGAAUGCUACACUUUGAAUAAGUGCAGAAGGCCAGGAUGUUAAAGGUCACCCGUCUGUGGUGCUACUGGGAGGUGGUGGAACCUUUUGCUGGAAGAAAGUUUGGACUCUGGAAAUGUGUCCUUCAUGGGAGUACUGGGAGCCCAGCCUUUUCCUCAUUCUCUUUGUUUCUAGGCUACCAUGAGGUGGACUGUUCGACCUGCGCUCCUACCAUGAUGUACUAGCUGGCCACAAACCAAAAGUGACAGGCUAAGUGAGUGGCUGUGGAUUGAAGCCUCAAAAUCAUGAGCCCAAAUAAGCAUUUCCUCUAUAAGUUGAUUGUCUCAGGCAUUUUGUUAUAAUGGG